UCCCUUCCCGCGUGGGGUUGUUGCGUCGGUGGUUCAACUAACUGAGUUGUGAGUCCCGAGUCGGACUCGGAAGGGGGGGAGGUUAGAUGCGUAUAGCCGUGCUCCUGCGUAUGUAUGAAGAUUGAAGGCUGAUACUCUUUCUUCCUUCCUUUUAAAACCCUAACAAUUUCUCCAUUUCUUCUGGUCUCUUCCUCGCACUUUCCUCCUCUCUUCUUUUUCGUUUGUUUGUUUCCCGGGAAUCUUACCGUCGGGAGGCAGAACGAACAACGGCAGCGCCGCCAUGAAGGUGUUAGACAAGAUCCGGUCGACUGUCGGUGAGGCCAAUGGCGGAGCGGCGAACGGCGGGAACAACAACGUCGCAUUUUCCUUCGAAUUCUUCCCGCCGAGGGCGGAAGGCAUGGCGAAGGUCCUCGAACUGAUAGAACGCAUGGUGGCGUACAGCCCGACCUUCUGCGACAUCACCUGGCGAGCCUCCUCCGGCGACGUCACGCUCGACAUCGCCAACAGGAUGCAGAACUCCAUCGGCAUCGAGACCAUGAUGCAUCUCACCUGCGCUGAAAUGCCGGUGGAGGAAAUCGACCGCGCGCUCGACACCAUCAAAUCCGGCGGCGUACAGAACGUUCUGGCCCUCCGCGGCGACCCCCCGCUCGGCCAGGACAAGUUCGUCAAGAUCCAAGACGGAUUCUCCUGCGCUCUCGACCUGGUGAAGUACAUGAGGUCCAAGUAUGGGGACUACUUCGGCAUUACUGUUGCUGGUUAUCCAGAGGCUCAUCCGGAUGUGAUCGGAGAUGAUGGUGUAGCCACGCCGGAAGAUUACCAGAAAGAUCUUGCCUAUUUGAAGCAGAAGGUUGAUGCUGGAGCAGAUCUGAUAAUCACUCAGCUGUUCUACGAUACCGAUAUCUUUCUCAAAUUCGUUGAUGACUGCCGCCAAAUUGGCAUCACCUGCCCAAUUGUGCCUGGCAUUUUGACUAUUACCAACUACAGAUCAUUCCGUAAAAUGACUGGAUUGUGCAAAACUAAGAUCCCAGCUGAGAUUCUUGCUGCACUGGAGCCCAUCAAAGACAAUAAUGAAGCCGUGAGAGCAUAUGGAAUUCAUCUCGGGACAGAGAUGUGCAAGAAGAUUAUAGCUCAUGGGAUUAGGACGCUGCAUCUUUACACAAUGAAUAGGGAUGAAUCAGCUUUGGCCAUACUGAAGAAUCUCGGCGUGAUUGGAGUGUCCAAGAUCCCACCUCCAUUGAAGCAGCAGCAGAAAGCAAUACAAGAAGAAGUAACAAAGGAAGAAGUUGCUAAGGUUGUUGGCUGAUCACACUAUGGACCAAAUUGUUCCAGGUAUUGAAGUUUUAAGAGAUGUUUUGUAAUUUAUCAAUUCAUUUGGUGCUGCGCAUCGGUUUUUUCACUUAUUAUAGCAUUCUUUAGUGGACUAAGUCUAGCUAAGCAUAUGUUCAUAACCAAUUGAAUCAAAUAAAAACCAUAGUUAGCCACAUGUUAGGCUAUUAAGGUUGUCAUCCUAUUUUCAGUUACAGUUUGCUGUUGGUUUAGAAGUCCCAAGGUUAAGCCCAAGAGGCAUUGGGCAUUCUUCCCUGUUUUCUUCUUCUUUAAUUGCAAUUGGCUUCUUUCCUGUGCCACCAAUAUAUGGUAUGAGUUCAAGUGUAUUUUCAUGUGAUGAAUUGAGGCGUGAAUGAUUUUGACUAAGACGUGUUGAGUUCAGAUUUGGAUUAAAUUGAGUGCUAACACUGAGAGAGUUAGCAAAUUUGUUCGGAAAGAAUCUUUAACCUAUCACAUAAUCUCGUCCUAACAACAAUGAAACGGCGAAGAUUAAGAAUUUGAUGAAAAUGUAUUAUUUUUGUCAAGGUAUUUGAUAAAAACGUUUGAAAGUAGAAAAAUACUAGUACUGAAGUGAAGAGAAGGAAAUUGCGGCCUGAAAAGCUAUAUGGUGAAAUUGCCCGACGAGAAAAAUAGGCACUCGUCGGUGGUUGUUUCACCGGGGGUAAUUUGCCUAGCUCUGGGGCUAUUGAAGGGGGAAGCCGAUGAAGAUUUACGGUCACCUCUACCAACUCCAGUUUUUACUCCUCUGUAUAAAAAAAGCCACUCCAUUUCGCCAUAUUUGCACUCCAUACCAUUCUCCAAUUUCCUAAUCUGUGAUCUCAGUCCUUCUCUUUCUCCCCCACAAUUUCCCGGUCCCCCAUCCCUCCUCUCACUUCUCGUUUGUUUCCCGGGAAAACGCGCCAUGAAGGUGAUUGACAAGAUAAGGUCAGCUGUGGGGGACGGAACGGCGGCCGCCAAUGGCAGCAACAACACCAAUGUUGUGUUCUCCUUCGAGUUCUUCCCGCCGAAGACGGAAGACGGCGUCGAGAAUCUCUUUGAGAGGAUGGACCGCAUGGUGGCUUACAAUCCUACUUUCUGCGACAUCACAUGGGGUGCCGGAGGCUCCACCGCCGACGUCACCCUCAACAUCGCCAACAGGAUGCAGAAUUCCAUCUGCGUCGAAACCAUGAUGCAUCUCACAUGCACCAACAUGCCGGUGGAGAAGAUCGACCACGCGCUCGGCACAAUCAAAUCCAACGGCAUUCAGAAUGUUCUCGCUCUCCGCGGUGAUCCCCCGCACGGCCAGGACAAGUUCGUCCAGGUCCAAGGCGGAUUCGCCUGCGCUCUCGACCUGGUGAAGCAUAUCAGAUCCAAGUAUGGAGAUUACUUCGGCAUAACCGUUGCUGGCUAUCCAGAGACUCAUCCGGAUGUGAUCGGAAGUGAUGGUUUGGCCACGCCAGAAGCUUACCGGAAAGAUCUUGCUUACUUGAAGCAGAAGGUUGAUGCUGGGGCUGAUCUGAUUGUUACUCAACUGUUCUACGAUACUGAUAUCUUCCUCAAAUUCGUCAAUGACUGCCGCCAAAUUGGAAUCACCUGCCCAAUUGUUCCUGGCAUCAUGCCUAUCAACAACUACAAGGGAUUCCUUCGCAUGACCGGCUUCUGCAAAACUAAGAUACCAGCUGAGAUCAUGGCUGCAUUGGAGCCUAUCAAGGAUAACGAGGAAGCUGUCAGGGCAUAUGGAAUUCAUCUUGGAACAGAAAUGUGCAAGAAGAUUAUUGCUCAUGGGAUUAAGACGGUGCAUCUUUACACUCUAAACAUGGAGAAAUCGGCUCUAGGAAUACUGAUGAGUCUUGGCUUAAUUGAAGAGUCCAAGAUCUCAAGGUCUCUGCCUUGGAGGCGUCCUGCAAAUGUUUUCCGUGUGAAAGAAGAAGUCCGUCCAAUAUUUUGGGCUAACCGUCCAAAGAGCUACAUAUCAAGGACAGUUGGCUGGGACCAGUACCCACAUGGAAGAUGGGGUGACUCUGGUAAUCCAUCCUAUGGUGGUUUGAGUGAUCAUCAGGUACAAACUAUCAUAUGGUGCUUUGAGUGUUACAGGUUGAGUGAAAUCUUGCAUCUGCAACUCAAUCAAAGUUAUAGAGUACUUUUAUCAUCCUUUGUAAAUGGUUCAUACUUUACUGUGGUGUGUGGAGACAGAAUUGUGAUAUACAUUACUGUUAGGACUGGAUCAAAAGUGAACUUCAAUCUUCAUGGCGUCUUCAAUUUUUAUUAUACUCGACCGCUUAACAUCUUCGUGGCCAAGAGUGAACAAGACAGAAAUGCUUCCAGAACUUCCAAGUUUCUUAGCCUCUGUCCAGUUACUAGGAAACUUAGUUGCCAUAGUUUGAGGAUGCGUAGAUAGAAUUCCUUCCAUAACUUGCGCUAUUGAGUAUUGUCAGUCUUGGUGUUCUGUCAAUGUCCCUUAUUUGAGGUUUUGAUUGUUAGCUAUCUCUAGUAAGUUAAGGUUUGGCAUUGUAACCCAAUGAAAGGGUUGGGUUACAGAAUGUAUUGGGUUGAGCUGUGAGCUCUUUCCCUUCUGCCCAACUCUGUUGCUUGAAUUUGUUAUUUUGGAAAACUAUGCCCAUACAAGGCAUAGAUGGAAUUGGGAUUAUCACUGCAUACUUGAUACUAAUGUCAAUAAGGUGCAAUGUGUGUCAGGUUUCUCUGAUUUCUUUCCUUUAUUGACUACUUGUAGUUACACCUUUUCAUCUUCAUUAUAGUUCAUGCGGCCACGAGCUCGUGACAAGAAGCUUCACCAAGAGUGGGCUGUCCAGCUAAACAGUGUUGAUGAUAUCUAUGAGAGGUUCAAGAGUUUCUGCCUUGGAACCUUGAAGACCAGCCCAUGGUCAGAACUGGAUGGGCUUCAGCCAGAGACAAAGGUCAUUAAUGAAAAACUUGGCAAGAUUAACUCCAAGGGGAUCUUAACAAUCAACAGCCAGCCAGCAGUCAAUGGGGAGAAGUCUGAUUCCCCAACUGUCGGUUGGGGAGGCCCAGGAGGGUAUGUAUACCAAAAGGCAUACCUCGAGUUCUUUUGCUCGAAGGAGAAGUUGGAUGCCCUGGUUGGCAAGUGGAAGGCCACCCCUCAACUCACUUACAUUGCUGUGAACAAAAGUGGGAACUCGAUCUCAAACGUCAAGAAUGGCAGUGUGAAUGCCGUGACAUGGGGAGUGUUCCCAGCCAAGGAGAUUCUCCAGCCGACCGUCGUAGAUCCCACCAGCUUUGGUGUGUGGAAGGAUGAGGCUUUCGAGAUCUGGUCAAGAGGCUGGGCUUCCUUGUACCCUGAAGACGACCCCUCCAGAAAACUGCUGAAAGAGGUGGAGAGCAGCUACUACUUGGUCAGUCUAGUAGACAACAACUACGUCAACGGUGACAUUUUUGCUGCGUUCGCAGACUUAUAAUGGCGAGAUCGAUAGAGAGAGCUUCAUCGACUCUCAAAACACUUGCCAAAGAAGCAGAGGUAGUAAAAGCAACCUCCAAUGGCAGAAAUCUUGUACCGGAAUGUUUUGAGUUCUUCAUUCGAGAGCGCGCUCUUGUUUGCUUGCUGCGUCAAGAUUAUCAUUCGUGUUGUUUGUUUGUACGAAUAAAACUUCUUCCCCCCUCCAGUCAUCCAACUGUCUUCUGUUGCUGGCUUGUUGUACGAGUGAUUAAUUAUGGCGAUUUGAUUGAAUACCAGAUCUGUUGGCAUCGAAGCCUUUUAUCUCUCAUUUACUGAACGGUAAAAGUACAUGUGAUUUGCUAUAUGCUUCCACUCGUAAUGUCAUUUUAAUCUCGGUCUCAAAUUUCAGUUGUAUUAUGAAUAAAUAAGAUAAGCA